CUGGUGGCGAUGGAAUAGCGCUGAUGCGUCAAUCUAUGUCUCUGAAUUCGAUUGCUCUCCUUGCUGUCUGGUGGAGUUGAUCCCAGAAAUCCACUCACCGCUGAUGCAACACAUUGACAGGUCUACCCGGCUUCUACAUCUAAACAUCGACCUCAAGUGUUAAGACAUUAACUCUAAGGAGCUAGGCACCAUGGGAGAACAGCUGAGCCCAGAUGAGAAGCUUCACCUCAUCACUAGGAACCUUCAGGAGGUGCUUGGAGAAGAGAAGAUAAAGCAGGUCCUGGCAGAGAGGGAACUGAAGGUGUACUGGGGAACCGCCACCACAGGAAAACCACAUGUUGCCUACUUCGUCCCCAUGUCCAAGAUUGCAGACUUCCUCAAGGCAGGGUGUGAGGUGACCAUCCUGUUCGCAGACCUGCACGCGUUCCUGGACAACAUGAAGGCUCCCUGGGAACUGCUGGAGCUGAGGGUGCAGUACUACGAGCAGGUGAUCAAGGCCAUGCUGGAGAGUAUCGGGGUACCGCUGGACAAACUCAAGUUCAUCAAGGGCACAGACUUCCAACUCAGCAGAGAAUACACUCUGGAUGUGUACCGUCUGUCGUCCAUGGUAACAGAACAUGAUGCUAAGAAGGCUGGAGCUGAGGUGGUUAAACAGGUGGACCACCCUCUACUCAGUGGUCUGCUCUACCCUGGACUACAGGCUCUGGAUGAGGAGUAUCUGAAAGUAGAUGCCCAGUUUGGAGGAGUCGAUCAGAGGAAGAUCUUCACCCUGGCUGAGAAGUACCUGCCCUCUCUGGGCUAUGCUAAGCGGUCCCAUCUGAUGAACCCCAUGGUACCAGGACUGACUGGAGCGAAGAUGAGUUCUUCAGAGGAGGAGUCUAAGAUUGACCUUCUGGACAGGAAGGAGGAUGUGAAGAAGAAGUUGAAGAAGGCUUUCUGUGAGCCGGGCAACAUCGAGAACAACGGAGUCCUCUCAUUUGUUAAACAUGUCCUCUUCCCACUCGUAGGAGAGUUCUCCAUCAAAAGAGACCCCAAGUUCGGAGGAGACAAAACCUACACAGACUUUGAGGAAGUGGAGAAAGAGUUUGGCGAAGAGCUGAUCCAUCCUGGUGACCUGAAGGCGGGCGUGGAGGUGGCCCUUAACAAGCUGCUCGACCCAAUUAGGAAGAAGUUUGAAUCUCCAGAGCUCCGUAAACUCUCCAACACGGCCUAUCCAGACCCGUCAAAGAACAAGGCAGCAGGGAAGGGGAACCCUAAAGUGGCAGAAGAAGAUGAGCUGGUUCCCUCCAGACUGGACAUCAGGGUGGGCAAGGUCAUCAGCGUGGAGAAGCAUCCGGAUGCUGAUUCGCUGUACCUGGAGAAGAUAGACGUCGGAGAGGCGGAGCCAAGGACGGUAGUGAGCGGCCUGGUGGCCUACGUUUCCCAGGAGGCCUUGCAGGACCGGCUGGUGGUGUUGCUAUGCAACCUGAAGCCCCAGAAGAUGAGGGGGGUGGAGUCCCAAGCCAUGUUGCUCUGUGCCUCCAUUGAGGGGGAGACCAGGAGAGUGGAGCCUCUUGACCCCCCUGAGGGGUCGUCACCCGGGGAACGGGUGUUCGUUGAGGGGUACGAGACGGGCAAGCCAGACGACAAACUAAACCCAAAGAAAAAGCUGUGGGAGAAACUACAGGUGGACCUGAAGGUGUCAGGACAGUGUGUCGCCCAGUGGCAGGACAAACACCUGAUGACCAAACUGGGACACAUCACCUGUAAAACACUGAAGGGAGGCAACAUCAGCUAAGAGAGACACACUGUCAAUCUCUUGAUGCUCUGUUUACUUGUCCAUCUUACCUUCCCCAGAGAACUAAACACACAUCACCACGGCAACAUCUCUCUCUCUUCUCGACCAGAGAAAUAAUCAUUCAUAUUAAUAAUACCGUGAUCGAUCUAACACAGCGAUCUGGGUUUAAAUAAACUAUUGAUUAUCAGUGCUGUAUUUUUCCCUCCUGAUGUUUAAGUAAUGGUUCGGCUCUGUAAUUCUUGAGAAGUGACGGCGAUGACACCGCCGGUUGCCCUCUGUGUGUUUUAAAACACAUUGUUUCACAUUGUUUCAUUGUGGUCUGAGGAAAUCCUUUGAGGAAAAUACGGAACGACGUUUUGUCGUGACCAAAUAACCUAGAGACACGUUAGCUUAGCCGGUCAUCAACAGUCUCUACUGUCUACCAUGUGUUCAAUCAUCCACGCCAGUCACCCAGGGGACGUAUACAUUAAAACAGAAAUCUAUUUGUGUUGCUAUGGGGAUGAUAACGGUUGUGUCGGCAGGUACCCGUGGAAACGCUGCCAUUUACUCUCAUGUCAUCAUGUGGAAAUGAAAUAAACCCGGUUGAAUUCA